CCGGCCGCAAGAACUGAGGGUGGUUGCUGCUUUUGCUACAUGACUUGCCAGCGCCGGAGCCUGCGGUCCAACUGCGCUGCUGCCGGAGCGCUCAGUGCCACCGCCGCCGCCCGCGCCGCCCGCGCCCCGCUCGGCACCCACCGGUCGCCGCCGCCCGCCGCGCCGCUGUCCCGCUCCCGCGCCGCCACCGCCGCCGUUUCCCCCCCGAAGACUGGGUGAUGCUGGACAUGGGAGAUAGAAAAGAGGUGAAAAUGAUCCCCAAGUCCUCGUUCAGCAUCAACAGCCUGGUGCCAGAGGCGGUCCAGAACGACAACCACCACGCGAGCCACGGCCACCACAACAGCCACCACCCCCAGCACCACCACCACCACCACCAUCACCACCAUCACCCGCCGCCGCCCGCCCCGCAACCGCCACCGCCACCGCAGCAGCAGCCGCCGCCGCCGCCGCCGCCGCCCCAGGCACCGCAGCCCCCCCAGGCGCGGGGCGCCCCGGCAGCCGACGACGACAAGGGCCCCCAGCAGCUGCUGCUCCCGCCGCCGCCGCCGCCGCCGGCCGCCGCCCUGGACGGGGCCAAAGCGGACGGGCUGGGCGGCAAGGGCGAGCCGGGCGGCGGGCCCGGGGAGCUGGCGCCCGUCGGGCCGGACGAGAAAGAGAAGGGCGCCGGCGCCGGGGGGGAGGAGAAGAAGGGGGCGGGCGAGGGCGGCAAGGACGGGGAGGGGGGCAAGGAGGGCGAGAAGAAGAACGGCAAGUACGAGAAGCCGCCGUUCAGCUACAACGCACUCAUCAUGAUGGCCAUCCGGCAGAGCCCGGAGAAGCGGCUCACGCUCAACGGCAUCUACGAGUUCAUCAUGAAGAACUUCCCCUACUACCGCGAGAACAAGCAGGGCUGGCAGAACUCCAUCCGCCACAACCUGUCCCUCAACAAGUGCUUCGUGAAGGUGCCCCGCCACUACGACGACCCGGGCAAGGGCAACUACUGGAUGCUGGACCCGUCGAGCGACGACGUGUUCAUCGGCGGCACCACGGGCAAGCUGCGGCGCCGCUCCACCACGUCGCGGGCCAAGCUGGCCUUCAAGCGCGGGGCGCGCCUCACCUCCACCGGCCUCACCUUCAUGGACCGCGCCGGCUCCCUCUACUGGCCCAUGUCGCCUUUCCUGUCCCUGCACCACCCCCGCGCCAGCAGCACUUUGAGUUACAACGGCACCACGUCGGCCUACCCCAGCCACCCCAUGCCCUACAGCUCCGUGUUGACUCAGAACUCGCUGGGCAACAACCACUCCUUCUCCACGGCCAACGGCCUGAGCGUGGACCGGCUGGUCAACGGGGAGAUCCCGUACGCCACGCACCACCUCACGGCCGCCGCGCUCGCUGCCUCGGUGCCCUGCGGCCUGUCGGUGCCCUGCUCCGGGACCUACUCCCUCAACCCUUGCUCGGUCAACCUGCUUGCGGGCCAGACCAGUUACUUUUUCCCCCACGUCCCGCACCCGUCAAUGACUUCGCAGAGCAGCACGUCCAUGAGCGCCCGGGCCGCGUCCUCCUCCACAUCUCCGCAGGCCCCCUCGACCCUGCCCUGUGAGUCUUUAAGACCCUCUUUGCCAAGUUUCACGACGGGACUGUCCGGGGGACUGUCUGAUUAUUUCACACAUCAAAAUCAGGGGUCUUCUUCCAACCCUUUAAUACAUUAACAUCCCGGGGACCAGACUGUAAGUGAACGUUUUACACACAUUUGCAUUGUAAAUGAUAAUUAAAAAAUAAGUCCAGGUAUUUUUUAUUAAGCCCCCCCCCCAUUUCUGUACGUUUGUUCAGUCUUUAGGAUUGUUUAUUAUUCUAACAAGGUGUGGAGUGUCAGCGAGGUGCAAUGUGGGGAGAAUACACUGUAGAAUAUAAGGUUUGGAAGUCAAAAUUAUAGUAGAAUGUGUAUCUAAAUAGUGACUGCUUUGCCAUUUCAUUCAAACCUGACAAGUCUAUCUCUUAAGAGCCACCAGAUUUCCAUGUGUGCAGUAUUAUAAGUUAUCAUGGAUCUUUAUGGUGGACGCAGACCUUGAGAACAACCUAAAUUAUGGGGAGAGUUUUAAAAUGUUAAACUGUAAUUUGUAUUUAAGAAGCAUUCGUAGUAAAGGUGCCCAGGAAAUUAUUUUGGCCAUUUAUUGUUUUGUCCUUUUCUUUAAAAAACUGUUUUUUUUUCCUUUUGUUUACUUUUAGACCAAAGAUUGGGUUCUAAAAUGCACUUGGUAUGCUAAGUAUUAAAAAAAAACAAAAAACAAAAAAAAAAAAACAAAAAAAGGAAAGUUGUUUCAGUUGGCAGCACUGCCCAUUCAAAUGAAUCGGAAGGGGACAAAAUUAAUGAUUGCCUUCAGUUUGUGUUGUGUAUAUUUUGAUGUAUGUGGUCACUAACAGGUCACUUUUAUUUUUUCUAAAUGUAGUGAAAUGUUAAUACCUAUUGUACUUAUAGGUAAACCUUGCAAAUAUGUAACCUGUGUUGCGCAAAUGCCGCAUAAAUUUGAGUGAUUGUUAAUGUUGUCUUAAAAUUUCUUGAUUGUGAUACUGUGGUCAUAUGCCCGUGUUUGUCACUUACAAAAUGUUUACUAUGAACACACAGAAAUAAAAAAUAGGCUAAAUUCA